AUGAAUGGGAUUCAGAGCCUGAACUCAAGGUCAAGGUCUUCUGAAUCACAAAGAGCUGGUGGGUCAGUCUGGGAGAAGAAAGAAAAUUCAGCGCCAAAUGGGAAAACCCUUAAAGUCUGCAUAGUUUUGCUUCUAGCGCCCCGGGGUCUCCCACACAGACAGACACAGACAGACAGAAGGAGCGGACAGGGUGACUGUCCAAUUCCCACUCUCCGCGCCCACUCUCUCGAGGUAGCCAAGACCCUCCAGGAGUCCGAGAGUCACAGAGCGCUCUGCGCCCCUGCCACCUGCCCAGCCUCCCGCUGGGGUCCGGCAGUCCCCACUGGAGACCCCGACAUCGUGGGGCUCCGCGGCCCCCGCGCCGACCCAGGGCCGCCAGGGGGCGGGCGGGAGCAGCUCUCCGGGUGCCUCCCCCGCCGGUUCCCUUCCCCCGGCCCGCCGGCCACUCACGGAUUUUCACUCGGCGGUGGUCCAGGCGCGCAGCGGCGGCUAGCAGGGCGUCGAGGCGGCGGUGCAGCGCGGCGGUGCGGUGGCCCAGCGCGGCCGCCUGGCCCUCGAGCUCGCCGAAGAUGUCCCCGGCACAGCGCGACAGCGAGCGGAAGAGCGGCGCUCCCGCAGCCCUGGCCCCCGCCGCCUCGGGCCGGCGCAGCCGCGCGGGCUCCAGGGUCCUCUGGUGGAAGGGCAUGGCGGGGGCGGGCCGGCGGCGCGGGAUCCCUCAGUCCGCCCCCCGUCGGCGCGGGGCGCCAGCCUGCAUCCAACACAAAGGAAGUCCCGGGCAGCGGCGGGGCGCCGAGGGAAGCCUGGCGGCCCCUGCCCGCAGGGGAGAGGCCGGGCGGGCAGGAAGGACGGACGGACGGACGGACGGGCGCGCGGGCGAGCGGGCACCCGGGCGGCGCGGGGCAGGGCUGGGGUCCGAGCCGCAGCUGCCUGGCGCCCGGCGGCGUUCCUCCACCCGCAGGGCUUCGUGGGCCGCGCGGCGAGAGGAAGUUCCAGGGGCAGCUCUGGGCGGCGGCGGCCGCGGCGGCGAGGGGAGCUGCGAGUCCCGCUGAAGUUUGCAGGCGGGCAGGAAAGCGCCGGCUGCUCCUUCCCUCCCUCCGGAUUGGAGAGGGAGGAGGAAGCGAGGGAAGUGCCGCCGACACCGGGCGAGAGGGAGGGGAGGCGAAAGAAAGGAAAGGGGGAGGAGAAAAGGGCCGGCCCGGGAACCACCUGCGGCUCCCGCGGCCGCCGCGCCCAGCGCCCGCAGCCAGUGGCGGCCCCGGCGCCUCAGCGCACCCUGCCGGGGCGGGCCCGGGCGCACAGUCCCGGGACGCCCACGUCGCCGCCCCAACUCCCCUUGGCAGCCCCCGGGCGGUGGGGCAGAGCCCUCGCCCGCCCCCCGGGCCGGGGUGGAGCGCAGUGCCGGCGCCGCGAAGGCGGAGACGCCAGGACUGCAGCGGCCAGCUCCGCUCGCUUUGCUCACCUGCGCCCCUGCCCACGGCGCUCCGCAGUCAGGAGCGCCCCGCCCCGCCCCGCGGGGAACGCCCCGGGCCCCUCGGGGUCCCCCUGGUCUCUCCUACUUCCCUUCUGGAAGGUAGCCAAUACUUCUGGGCCGCCCGGGUGGACCUCAAAGAGAACGUCUUUAGAUGUCCAGUGGCCAGGGGUUCUGUAGCCAACUAGGAGUCAGCGUCCGAAUCGGAACAACUUCUCAAGACCUCUUUUCAGGGGGCGUCCAGUGAGUUUUUUUCAGCAAGGUGACUCCCCCUGUGGCUGCCUGCUACUCCAGCUGGAAAGGUCCAAGCUGAAAUGUGACUAAUCUGAGUUUCUUCCACCAAGCAUGUUAGUUAGGGGUGGAGGACUAGAACCUAAACCCUGAAUUCGGAGCCUGGAAGAUAUGUAAGCCACAUGCUAUUGAGAUCGUAGUCAUGGGACACCCGCUAACACAAACCUUCUGGGUUGUUAUGAGGCUCAAAGGAACUGCUGCUGUCUGUGAAAAAACAUGCUUUGCAAUUUAUGAAGCACUGGAUAAACAUCAGGAACAGUAUAAAAGCGUACUACUUCCUCAAGAAAUACUAGUUGAGUGCCUGUGUGUUGGGCACUGGCUAGAGAUAAGCAGGGGCCUCCUAUGGACAGAAGUGCGGGCAAGGAGCUUUGUUCCUCCCCGAUGUCACCCUCCCACAGCCCACCUGCUAGCAGGCAGGAGAGUGGUGGAGGCCGGCAGGAAGGCAUGUACUGAACUGGGCCUCUGGUGGAAUGGCGUCACCCACGCUGGGCUUGACUCUUACCAUCGGGGUCCCGCCAGCCCUUCAGUGAGACUUUUUCAGAAGAAUCCCUUUUAAAAUGACCUCAAGCUGACCUUCCUGCUGCAGAUUCCACAUAUGGUAUCUGAGACUCACACGGUGUGGUUGGAAGAUAGCACAGUGACCUCCCAGGCACAGCCCUCUGCCAGCCCUCCACUGGCUGCCCUAGGAUGCUGGCCUUCCUCCGAUGGGAGUCGGGCCCAGUCUGCUGUCAGCCAGGAGCAGCCAGCAAGCUCCCUGGGAGGCCUGGAGGAGCCCUUCUCACUCAGCUUGGUGUUCGAUGCCAGUGCCCCCACCCAUUGUGGGGUGAGGGUGGGACUCUCAGCACAGCCCUGUCCAAAUAAAUCCUCUAAAGCCCUCUUC